CCCGCAAGAGCAAGCAAAGCCCCUUCUUCCACGGCUAUGUCCACUUUUUUUCAACUUUUUCUUGGUCUUCUUUAUUUUCUGCACUAAUCACUCGUUGGCGCCCCCCAUUAAAAUUCUCUCUCUAUUGGCCGCUUUCGCCUUCUUUUUUGGGUUUAGAUUGAUAAUCGACCCAUCCCAAUUAACAAUUAUAUAUGUGCUUUGCCGCUUUUAAUGCAACUGCUCAUCCUCCUCCUCCUCCUCCUCUUCCGGGUUCUUCUUCUUCUUGGAGUUGAAGCCGUCCAAAUCCCCUGUCAGGCUUGGGGGUACUGUUUGGAGCCCCAUAUUUGUCGGUUCUGUUCAGUCGGAUCGGUCUCAUCUCUUCUGAGCUGGGCUCCCCCCGAGGAGGCUGCCAUGGAUGCAGAGACCGGUGAUUCGAGCUCCAAGAUGGAGGCUUACGAGGUGAUUGAGCAGAUUGGGAGAGGAGCUUUCGGGUCGGCGUUUCUUGUCCUCCAUAAAUUGGAGAAGAGGAAGUAUGUGCUGAAGAAGAUUCGUUUGUCUAAGCAAAACGAGACGUUCAAGCAAACAGCCCAUCAGGAGAUGGAGCUGAUCGCGAAACUAAAUAAUCCAUACAUCGUGGAGUAUAAGGAUGCUUGGGUAGACAAGGGAAACUGCAUCUGCAUUGUGACCAGUUAUUGUGAAGGCGGGGACAUGGCUGAGGCUAUAAAAAAGGCAAGAGGAAUAUUCUUCCCAGAGGAGAAAAUCUGUAAAUGGUUGACCCAGUUGCUGCUAGCUGUUGACUACCUCCACUCAAACCGUGUGCUCCAUAGAGAUCUUAAAUGCUCCAAUAUAUUUCUCACCAAGGACAAAGACAUCAGGCUCGGUGAUUUUGGACUCGCAAGGCUACUUGGCGCCGAGGAACUGGCUUCGUCGGUCGUUGGCACUCCCAAUUACAUGUGCCCUGAACUGCUAGCAGAUAUACCUUAUGGCUACAAAUCGGAUAUAUGGUCUCUCGGUUGCUGUAUGUUUGAAAUAGCGGCACAUCACCCUGCAUUUAGAGCCCCAGAUAUGGCGGGACUCAUUAAUAAAAUAAACAGAUCAACCAUUUCUCCUCUCCCAAUUGUGUAUUCCUCCUCACUCAAACAGAUCAUCAAGACCAUGUUAAGGAAGAAUCCGGAACAUAGACCGACGGCGGCUGAGCUGUUGAGGCAUCCCCAUUUGCAGCCUUACCUCCUUCGGUGCAGCCAUGCCUCUUCUGUUUUUCUUCCCGUAAAGUCUGUAAGCAGCCCGAAGGAUAAAGAUAAGACACCACUUAGAUCGUCACCCAAAUCUUCACCCAGCAAAUUAAAGGUGGAGAGAGAGAAUCGAGACAGAAAGAUCGCAGUUGUGAAGAAACUCCAAGAUAUUAACCUGACUGUGGAUCCAAGUCCAGCUGUGCAAGAGGAUAAUCUUGAGACCAAGAGGGUUGACCCAACGAGCUGUUCUAUUGAAGUGUCCGAUUCAUCGGAUAGUUUAAAUCACAGUUCAAGCCAUUCCGAAGUGACUGUUUGUAAUGGAGACCAAGAAGAAGCAGAGUCUAAAUCCAUGUCCAAGGAGAACACUGAGAGUGGAGAAAUUACCUCAGGAAGCAUGCCAAGUUCUAUCAGCGAAGAGCGCGUCCAACCUAUAAACGAGCUCAACCCACCCGUGAAGGAGUCAAGCGUGGAGGUGAAAGAGACCGUUCAGGAGCAGAAACAAGUAGACGACCAACAACGGGAUCUCAAAGAUUUACUGACAAAUGGUACUUCGUCAUCUGAACAUAAUAAGAAGGAAAUUUCUGUGGAGUACUCAUCGAAUGAGAGUAACAACUCUCUACCAUAUAAAGAAGUCGAAGCGAAAGCAGCGGAUGAGAAGACCCAAUGCGUGCAAACAGAGUCUGAGGAUGCCCGAGUCGCAGAGCGAGCACGACUCAAGACAUCGUUGCUCAGCAAGCUAGCUGCUAUUAGUAAGGAUCAAGGAAUGAAGAUUGACUGGGAAACACCGAGCCAGCAGAGAGCCGAUGCCCUCGAGUCAUUGCUUGAGCUGUGCGCCCAGCUGCUUAAACAGGACAAGAUUGAGGAGCUCGCUGGUGUCUUGAGACCGUUCGGAGAAGAAACUGUCUCUUCGAGAGAGACAGCUAUUUUGCUCACAAAAAGCCUCAUGUCUUCCCAGAAAUUUAAUGGUACUAGCUGAUCUUUGAUAACUUUGAGCUGGUCUAAUUUAUACCGAGAUUUAAGUGUUUCUUUCGGCGUUUUUCUGGAGUGUUUGUUUUGCUAAUUUAUGUACUGCCCCGGAACUGUUUUUAUGUGUCCUGUUAAUAUUGUAAACAACAAUAAUCUCUGGGAUUGUUUGAAUGGAUAUGAAGAUACUGAUUUUCUUA